UAAAUGAGUAGGGGGAGAUCGUGGAGUGUUAACCCAGUGGACACUGGGUUAGUUGUAACACUGUCAGUUUGACCAAUCAGAAAAAAGCUGCGGUGAUGUCAUCAAUAUCAUACAUUCCCAUUUCCUUUUUGAGCUCAAAGGAAAAGAGGCAUGUCUCUGUGAGCAACAUUGUGGAUUUUAUGACCAAAAAAUAUAUUCUCAGGUCAGGAAGUUUGCAUACCAGUUGGCAGUGGACAAUAACUGUAAACACCUCCAGUCAUGGGUUGAGAAAUCCAUCUGGUUUUGAAUCUGGAUCUGACUGGUUUUCAGGCUUCAUGAAAUGCCAUCCAAAUCUGUCCAUCAGAAAUGCACAGGCAACUAGUUUGUCUCGGGCCACAAGCUUCAAUCGUCCAAAUGUGGAGAGAUUCUUCAAGAAGCUUGGACAUUUGAUUGAGAAGCAAUCAUCAUCAGGAGGAGAAUCAGCAGGACCCCUCAACUCAAGCCUCAGCUGCUCAACGGAUUUCAGUCCAUCUGCUCUCCAUCCAUUUCCCAAAGCAGGACCAAGGAAGACUCCCAGUGGGAAAAGAAAGAAGAGACAAUCAGAAAUCCUGACACAUAAACCUGUGAAACAGGCACUUGAAGAGGUAGAAAAGAAGAGGAGCACUGGAAAGUGUAAAAAAAAAAAGAGAAUAAACCUGCCGUCUGGAAAGGGGCAUAAGAAAACAAAGCAAACAAGCAAAAGGCCCAAGCCCAAUGACCAAGAGGAUUCUGACACCUCUGAUGAUGAGAAUUUCUGCAUUGUGGCAACACUUUGCAAACUCAAGGUCAAAAGAAGUGUGGGUCAAGUGUGUACGUUGUCAGUUCUGGGCCCACAAAGCCUGCACCCCAGGGGCAGCCAUCUACAUUUGCCACAACUGUGACAGUGAUUGAACCUUUAUGUGACACAUGCACACUCACACAAACACACACAGCAAUUGUUUUUGUGCUAAAUUGAAAGUUUUAGAAGAAAUAUGUUUGUUGUUUUUUUUUAGUUUAAAUUGUUCACUUUACUGAAGAAUAAAGAAUAAACAGUUUUGAAUAAAGU